AUGACAUCGAAUUAUGCCGACCCCGAUACGCAGAUGGGUGGUGGACCAGGUCCAUAUGGGAAUCACAAUGGCACACCUCCCACACAGCAGCAGCAGCAGCAGCAGCAACCGCAACAUCAGCAGCAUCACGACUUGACCGACCCUGAACUUCAGCUGCAGGAGAAGCUUCAGCAGUUCAGCAACCAAGUGAUGCACUCAGGCGGUCCGCAGCAACCUCAGUACCAGCAGCCAGCUCAGAUGGCCUCUUUGCAGGGCGCGCACCCGCAUUUUCAAGCCCAGCAGCGGCCGACGCACUCGCCGCAGCAGAUGGCACACGUCGCGAUGAGCUUAGGCGAACAACACGAACAGUUCGAUCCCAACGACCCAAACCGAAAGCGAUCGAAGGUGUCACGAGCUUGCGACGAGUGCCGGCGGAAGAAGAUUCGAUGCGACGCGACCAGCGAGAACGGACCAGAGGCUUGCUCAAGCUGUAAGAGGACAGGGGCGAGAUGCCAGUUCAGCAGGCAGCCAAUGAAGCGCGGACCCAGCAAAGGGUACAUCAAGGAGCUUGCAGAUCGUUUGAAUUCGCUUGAGAGCCAAAUCCAGCAGCCUCAAGCCCACCAAUUUGACCUACAAAACAUGGCAGAGCAGGGGUUUGCAGAUAUUCAGAGUCCGCCUCAAUUCCACCGAAAACGUACGCAUAGCAUGUCAGAAGGGUUUCAGGAUGCUUUUGGCCGGUCCAGCUGGUCCGGUCAGGACCGCGGUAAUGACCACCCGCUCGAGCAAACCAUGCUCUCUCUGCUGACUACUCAAGAAUUACCACUCAAUGGCGAUCGUCGCACCUCGUUCGGUGAGAUGGCAUUGGCUGGCAAUCUUAUUACAGGUUCAAACGAAAACACGCUGAAAGCGUACUACAACAUGAUCCAUCCUACACUCCCAAUCCUGCCGCACGACUCUACGGCCUUGAACCGCCUUACGAACUGUCCAGCUAAAUUGCGCGAAGCCUUCUUUCUCUCCUUAGAUGUCUGUGUUCGUUCGUUCGCGCCCAGAGCAUUGCCACAGAUCGAUGCGAGCGUAACUCAACUCUUGCAACAGACCUUUGCCUUGGCCGACGCGGCGAAGCUCACACUGAGUGAUGCUGAACCAUCACGGCAGUUCUACAACAACCUGGUGUACUGCCAAUCGUUGAUACUGCUCGCCCUAGCAGCAGACAAACCUGGGCUAGGGGUUGUGGGGAGCAUCUCUCAGCUCCUCGGUCAAAUUGCAGGGUGUAUCACUGAAGCGGGCAUCAACGAUGCCAGAGUGUUGAACCCGCUGAAGAACCAAGACCAAGAGGCGUUCCAGAGCUCACGUCGUGUGUUCUGGACAGCGUUCAUCUUGGAUCGAUUCCAUGCUUCUAGUCGAUCAAAAGACAUCAUGCUCCCGCUGCAUUCAGGAUCCCUGACUCGUGACGAUUAUGUAGCACUCGGUGAUCUUGGCUACCAUCUUGCUCGGGCUACCAAGAUCGUCGGUCAGGUGGCUGCUGUCAACCGCGCAGGCAGCGUGCCUAGCAUAGAACUUUCGUCGCCAUUCGCAUUACUCCCUUUGGCUGCCACUUCGCCCGAGUCUAUCUAUCUCAACGGUCAACUAACAGGCUUUCGAGAAUCGAUAGACAUCACCGACUUGACCAAUCACUCCCCACCCCACCUCGCUUAUCAAUAUCUGCGCGUCUUUGUAGGGCGUCUGUCCUCACAAACCAUGCCCUCAACUGACCUUCUUGGUCUGACAAGAGAACUCCUUACCAACUUGGCAAGUGGAGCAAUCACACCAUUGCACCAUGUGUUCGCUAGCCUUGUGGCGACUUCUCUGGUCGAACUCUCUGAUCGAGUUGAAACUCAGGUCGAGGCGCAUGCUGCCAUCAAAGAGAUGAGCGAUGCUCUCAACAACGGACAGAUCAUUCACCGUAGCAUGGACCAUGUAAGCUGGGACACAGCCUUACAGGAAACGCUAAAUCAAAAGCAAACGCCCACACCCCCAACAAACAGUGUUCCCGAACAAACAAGCCCAGCGUCGGAACCCAACAUGGCUGGUCUUCAACAUCUUGCUGCGGCAGCUGUCGGUGAGCGCGAAGGUACCGAAGCACGUCCAGUCAGCAGUGCAGACAAUGGGAACCACGACACAUCACUUGCCAACGCCGAGCACGAUCUCUCAGCAGUCAUGGCCGCAGCAAAUGACGCUGCAAUGGCGCAAGCAACAGCCGCUGCAGCACAGCAACAACUAACAGCGUCAUCGCCAGACGCUAAAGGCGGGAAUAACUUUGACUCGAGUGCAUUGAGCAAAGAUGACUUCAUAGCAUCAAUCUCGUGA